AAUAGGAAAAGUAACACUUUUCAUGUUCAUUUGGUUGGAUAUAACUGCCACGUAGAUGCAAUCUUUCAAACCCCGUAAAUUUAGUGCUUCACAUUAUCAUGUUUGUAUCUAUAUAUACCUAACCAUUUGUUACUUAUUCUUCAUAUCACAAUUUCAAUCUCAUUCUCUAUCUGCACCAAUCUGCAUUGCUGCUUUUGCUAAUUUCUAUAUACACACUUAUUCAAGAAAUUAAAGAGAAAAAAUGUUGGGAAUUUUCAAGGAGAAGUUGGUGAAUGCACCAAAGGAGCUUAAUAGCCCUGCUUCUUUGAAUUCAUCAAACAAUAAGCCUAAGCUUUCUCAUGAAAUCCUUCACAAUUUCAUGUCCAACAAUUCCUCCAAUGCUUUCUGCAUGAACUUUGGACAUGAUGCUUUACUAGCUUAUUCCCCUCUAAACCAGCCCUCCAUUCAUCAAAGGUUGUUUAGUGGUGUGGACAACAUAUACUGUGUGUUCUUGGGGAGCCUGCAUAACCUUAGCAUGCUGAACAAGCAAUAUGGGCUAUCAAAGGGAACCAAUGAGGCAAUGUUCAUCAUUGAAGCCUAUAGGACCCUCCGUGAUAGAGGUCCAUACCCUGCUGAUCAAGUCCUCAAGGAACUUGAGGGCAGUUUUGGAUUUGUCAUCUAUGACAACAAGGAUGGAACUGUUUUUGUUGCUUCUGGUUCUAAUGGCCAGAUUGGACUCUAUUGGGGUAUUGCAGCUGAUGGAUCAGUAGUUGUUUCUGAGAACUUGGAACUUAUCAAAGCAAGCUGUGUUAAAUCUUUUGCUCCCUUCCCAACUGGGUGCAUGUUUCACAGUGAGCAUGGUCUGUUAAGCUUUGAGCAUCCUACAAAGAAGAUGAAAGCAAUGCCUAGGAUUGACAGUGAAGGGGUAAUGUGUGGAGCCAACUUCAAUGUUGACUCCCAAUCAAGGAACCCAAUGAUGCCACGUGUUGGAAGUGAAGCUAAUUGGGCCACUUGGGGCUAAACAAAAUUCACUAAAUUUGAUCAAACAUAACCCAAGCCCUUUUCUUUAUUUUUUCUUUUGGCCGAGAGCAACUUAUUGUAAUGGGGGUAUUACUUGAUUUUAACCCUCUUAUUUGUGUAUUUUACUUGUUUGGUUCCAUCUAUGUACAUAUUCCUGCUUCCUUCAGGAUUGAAUAUGAAUAACUUUAGGUUCUACUUUUCCA